AUGGAGCAUGAAGACCCAGGCAUGCGCAGAAAGCGGGAUGCCGUGCGAGGGGAUAAGCCAGUGCAGUUCUCGAUGUUCGACCCGAUCGUGGCCUACGACGCCAUAUCGACCAACUGGGUCAACGUCCCGGAGGUUGCAAAGCUUGGCAUCCAGGCGGCUCACAAGAAAAUUGGCCUGGCCCGGCAGGAGCGAUCUGAGCUGCAAGUGGCCUUGGACAAUUUGCAAAAACAGCUGCGCGGAAUGCAGGAGCACAAUGUCCAGCAGAUCCAAGCAAUAAAAGACCGCAUCGAUAUCCUGAACAAAACCACGAAGCGGAAGAAGAAGUACAGAAAAAGUUCUGCGUGUCCCACUGAGCAGGAGUUGAAGGAGUUCCGCUCGAAUGGGUCGACGACUCUGUCGCCCCCAGCAGCAGCGUCACGGUCCAGGCCAAGUAGUGGAAGAGACUCCUUUGUGCCAGUCCACGCACGGCGGAGCAGCGUGAAAGGGCAUUCCUCUCGUCAUUUGGAGCUUGCCGAGCAGGUCUCCGAGGCCUCCAGCGAUGAGUCUUCGGUGGGCGUUAGCGCAGAGCAGCAGACUCUGUUAGACCAGAUCGAGCCCCUCAAGGAGCAGACCUUGGAGCUUCGGACAGGCCUAAAGAAGGAGGGACAACGACGAGAUGUCCUGCUGAAGCGAAUAGAGAGAGUCGAAGAGCAGCUGAGUCAACUAGACGCCCGCGUCAAAGACGAGCUAAGCCCUCGAGCGCUGUCCUUGCUGUUCAGGCAGAUUAUCCUCAACGAGCUGCCUGCGACGGUGGACAAUUCGGUGUCUCAGACUUUUGAAGUGUUCAAGAAGUUGACAGACUCCAUUGAGAGGCGGCUGGAGGAUGAUGCGUGGCGUCAGUCCAUCCAGGAAGUCCAGGAGCGAUUGCGGCAGCUGGAGGAGCUGGCGCAAAGGCAGAUCGACCGGGAGGCUAGUUCGGAGCUCUAUGCAGAAGUGAACAGCCUCCGCUCCAGCUUUGCCAGGAGCGAGGAGAUCGGUAUGCCCACCGUGCACCUGGCUCCCGCUGUUGCAGGUCCACUGGCUGAAGCUAGCUUGGACUUCGGUUUGCGGAGGCCUGAAGGUCGGGUGAAAGCACCUUUGGCUGACAACUCUCCGACGCAAGCUGUCCGCUCUGUGUGGGAGCCGAAGCAAGGCUCGGAGUCCUUCAUGGGGACAUCCAGCCCGACAACCUCACGACAACCUGUGCGCAGCGAUGAUGAAAUUCCUCUUGGAGGACUUGCGGAGCACUAUUCGGAUUUGGAUGCGUCCGGGCCGAAGGUGGGGAUGCACGCCCAGCCCUCCGAGGAUGCGCUCCUGCGCCGGGACAAGCGCUCCAGUCUGUUGCAGAGCCAAGUCAACGAGCAAGCUGAACAGUUGCGAGUGGCUCAAGAUCAGCUCUCAUCGCUGGCGGAGACUCUGCAAGAGCAGGCAGCGCAGAGCAGCAGCAAGGAGGAGAUGCGAAGGCUUCAUGAGGCCCAGAGCGCAGCGCUGGCGGAGCUACGAGGCAACUUCGAGAGGACCAUGGACACGAUGGAGUCAAAUGUCAACCAGCAGAUGUUGCAAACGCAGAGACGGCUGCAGACGAUGGAUGCCACCAUGUCCCGCGCACAAGAGAACCUUAUAGAGAAGACGGAAGGCCGUUUCCUGGAGUUCAUGUCCGAAGCGGAAUCCGAGCGCGCCCGGCUGUGGCAUCAGAUGUCUGUCCUAUUCCCCAGGUUUCUUGCGAAUGAGAGCAAAGCGCCCAUGACCAUGUCAGAGGCCAGGGUCUUUGCCAUUGACGUCCGCCUCGACUCCGUAGAGGACGGUAUUGUCAAGCUUAUGUCCCGGGAUGAGGACGAGAAGAAGCGAUCUGGUCGUAGGAGCUCGUCCUGCCUGAGACCUGAGGAUCCGCAGGAGCAGAGUGACCCCCUGCCAGCGAUGGAAAAAUUGAAGGCACCUCAGGCAUUCCAGAAGGAUCGUGCGCCGCACCAGCUGCCGACGCAGGGCCGCCCGUCUCUUGGUGGCAAGCUGCGCACGGCCCUUCUCUUGGCAUCUCCCCGCAGAAGCGCCGCAGCGCCUGCCCGAAACGCGUCCCCGGAACUGCCUGGGCGCGUCUCCCACAUCCCGGACCUGGGCGCCGAGGUCUCAUCGCCAGAGCUGGAGGGUCUUGAGCUGCAGGUGGAAUUUGGGCCUACGCCAAGGGCGACGUGCCUUUCCCAGCCACUGGCUGGGCUUGAUCUGUCCAUGGAUGACGCUCUGCUGGAGGUCAUGGGCGAAGCAAGGAACGACGCCGAGGAUGCCAAGCUGGUUCGUUCCCUGAACCAGAAGGGCAAGCGCUGGCGCAUGGGAGAUGCUGCUGUGGGCCGGGUGAUCCUCGGGCAGGAGACGCGGCCCGGAACGGCCCGAGUGAGAGGCCAGUGGCUGGGGACUUUGUGCCGGGACACUGAAGCCUGA